AUGGCAGCGGCAACGAGGUCUCUGAUUCACUCCCAGCUGAAUCUUGGUCGAAAUUCUAUAUUGUCUCACAGUGAGGCUAAGUUGACCUCAGUUUCCUAUAAAUCGUCGAAAAUCUCAUUAACUUCUAAUUCAAGUGGCAAGAUAGCGGCACCAUCUCUAAGCUGCACGGCUAAAGUCAACUCUGUUGGUAGAACAUUUUGCUCCGCUGAGGCCUUCACUUACUCUGAUGCAAUUACUGACUCACAUCCCCAGACAGCAGAAGAUAAAAUAGGAGUUGUUCUGUUGAAUCUUGGAGGGCCCGAUACUCUGCACGAUGUUCAGCCUUUUCUGUUCAAUUUAUUUGCUGAUCCGGAUAUUAUUCGGCUUCCGAGGUUGUUUCGGUUCCUUCAACGACCUUUAGCACAGUUAAUUUCGGUUUUACGAGCACCUAAGAGUAAAGAAGGCUAUGCUGCCAUUGGGGGUGGUUCACCUCUCCGUAAAAUUACGGACGAGCAGGCAAGUGCUAUAAAAUCGUCUCUAGAAGCUAAGGAAGUUCCUGCUAAUGUGUAUGUGGCCAUGCGUUACUGGCACCCGUUCACUGAGGAGGCAGUCCAUCAGAUCAAGAGAGACAAAAUUACAAAGCUUGUAGUGUUGCCACUUUAUCCUCAAUAUUCUAUUUCAACAACUGGGUCAAGCAUUCGGGUUCUCCGAGACAUGUUUAGGGAUGAUAAAUACUUGUCGAGGUUACCUGUUGCUAUCAUACAGUCAUGGUAUCAGCGGGAAGGUUACGUCAAGUCUAUGGCUGACUUGAUUGAAAACGAGUUGCAAAAUUUUCAGAACCCAAAAGAGGCCAUGAUUUUCUUCAGCGCUCAUGGAGUUCCCGUAAGUUACGUUGAGGAUGCAGGCGAUCCCUAUAAAAACCAAAUGGAAGACUGUAUAUUCUUGAUAAUGCAAGAACUCAAGUCUAGAGGAAUUAAUAACGAUCACACAUUGGCUUACCAGAGCCGUGUGGGGCCCGUUCAAUGGUUGAAGCCAUACACUGAUGAAGUUCUUGUUGAGCUCGGCCAGCGAGGCGUAAAAUCUCUCCUUGCUGUUCCAGUGAGUUUUGUGAGCGAGCACAUAGAGACUCUUGAGGAGAUAGAUAUGGAGUAUCGUGAGCUGGCUCUCGAGUCCGGGAUUGUGAACUGGGGUCGUGUCCCGGCCCUUAAUUGUACACCAUCGUUUAUUGCUGACAUGGCAGAUGCCGUGAUUGAGGCGCUACCCUCGGCAGUGGCAUUAUCGACACCCAACACGACCUCCGAAGAAGCCGACACCAAUUUAUUUGGAUAUGUUAUCAAGAUGUUCUUUGGUUCGAUUUUGGCGUUUGUUCUGCUCGUCUCUCCAAGACUGGUUUCGAUUUUCAGGAACUGA